AUGACUAGAACCAUCCCCGAGACCAACAUCUGCGGGUUUUGCGCCAGCCUUGAUCUCCCCAAUGCAUUCCUGGCGGCAGAUACCCAUCUUCAGAAGAGGCUCCGGUACCCUUCACUAAACCCACAAUUCGAGACCCCGCAGUCAUGGCAGCAAGAGAUCCUAAAGCGAACAGCAACGCAGGAAAUUGUCGGGCUUAAUAAAGACCCGGGUUUCUCGUCCAAUCUCUCGGAGUCGAAUAAUUGUACCCUCUGCCGAUUUUUCAGCAGUAUAUUCGACGACCGCCCGUCCAAACAUCUUGUCCUCACUGCGUGCUCUUCGCUUCAGCUGACACACUGGAUCAACCCCAAAAGCUUCUUCGGCCACGGAACAUUGUUGAUCGAUCAAGAGGCGGUCGUUGACAACAGUUUCAUCACCAUUCCAGGACCCAAUGCUUCCCGUGACUUCUCCUCGGGAGGCUUUACUAUAAGCGGAGCCAUCUUCCGCACGUCGAAGUUGGGUCACCCUUUGAGAACUGAAGGCGGCAUUUGGGGUAGAAUAGUCCCACCGUUGGUGGAUUUCUCUGUUCCGAGGACAUGGCUAGAUUUCUGUUGCGCCCAUCACACCAAACAUUGCCGGCGACCAGCACAGGACCAUCAGAUCAAUGGCUUCAGGCUGAUUAAUUGCUAUGCUGAUCCGCCCACCAUAGAGUCCUACGUCACCAGCAAACGUUAUGCCGCUCUCAGCUAUGUGUGGAGUUUCAGCCCCGAGUCUGAGCAUGGGAUUACCGACAUCAUCUUGGACGCCAUCGAGGCCACAAAGGGACUCGGCCUUCAAUACCUAUGGGUCGACCGGCUUUGUAUCGACCAAGCUAAUGAAAGAGAGAAACUACACCAGAUUUCGAAUAUGGAUCGGAUAUAUCAACAGGCAGAAGUCACACUUGUGGCUGCUGGAGAGCGAUACGAUGGGCUGCCGGGUGUUGCACGAAACCCAACGAGAAAUCCCGCGUACGAACGACGCAGUCAGAAAUGGGUGAGGGUGGGAACUACGGAAUUGACUGCUUCCCUUCCCGAUCCAAUUGGUGUUAUCAAUGGGUCGACGUGGAACCGCCGUGGAUGGACGUUCCAGGAAGGUUGGCUGUCCAGAAGACUGUUAUUCUUCACAACUGACCAGCUCUUCUGGAACUGCCAAGGAAUGACUGAUCGAGAGAGCAUGAAAAUUGACACAUCCUUGUCUCACCUCCCGGACAAGUCUUCCGAGGGAGAUUGGAUGAAUCCGGGGUUAUUCCGGAAUCGCGUGGUGGAAGUCAACGCCCUUGAACAUUCAUCGGUGGUUCCUACAAUAUCACAUCUCCAGCAAAUCCGGCAGGACAUCAGUACGUUCACGAGGCGCGACCUGACGCACGAUUCAGAUUCCUUACUGGCAUUCAAAGGAAUCAUACAGGCCCACAAGAGCAGGGCCCCAGGGAUUGUUGACUUUGUCCUUGGCCUUCCCGUAUUUAGCGGGACUCUUGAGUUUGAUAGCGGCAAAUCAGCCUUUGUAUUGUCCAUGUGCGACUGGGUUCAUGUUGAAUCUCCAUCAUCGGAGGUCAUCUUCAAACGCCGUCGACACCUUCCCUCGUGGACGUGGGCUGGCUGGCACGGUGCCCUCUCUGUGGAGAAUUCAUACACGACCAGUAUUGCCUCGCUGAAGCGCACCAAGGGCUGGUUCAGCCUCGGCGACUACACACCAGAGAUCGCCAUCUGUCUCGGGGCAGACCGAGAGCUUUCGAACACUUCAGAUGACAGACACCCAGAGCUGGGUUCUCUAGGUGUGGAAGACCUGUUUGGAAAUAAGCCACGGCCUCGGGUGGUUGAUGGGGACUUGUGGCUGGAACCGGAGCUGCCCAGACUAGAGCAAGAGGAUUGGAACCAUCCUCUACGAUUCAAACAACCCUACGUGGUUGAUUCUCACAUGAUCAAGAGAUUCCCCGGGGGUAAUAUGCUUCAGAUUGGUCAUCUUAUAUGCAAAUAUCACCUGACAACCACAUCUUUGGCUCCGAGUUCUUCUGGGGAUACCGCCAUUGAAGAAGACCUUCGUAGUGGUUGCUUAAGGGUACUACUGCUUUGGGCACAUCGAGACACGGGCACAGUCAAGGAAGUUUCCCAAGGUUUACUACCGCAGGCAUCAAUGUUGAUCAUCAAUCGUGUUUCUCAGGAAUCGCAGAAUCAUACAACGAGCAGCUGCUGGGAACGACUUGGAGUCCUAAGGCCGGUAGGCUGGGCGACAGAAUUAAGUUUCACCGAGAGUCGUGUAAAUUUCGAAACUUUCAUCGAAAGCGCUGGCUUUGCAAUGUCGGAAUCGGAUCUUCUCUUAUAUUAA